AUGGAGCUUGAGAUGUUGCUCCCAAGACGUAUACCAUACAAGUCAUAUGAAGUGGUUGGCUUUGCGGAGGGCACAAACACUAUCUUCAUUAACAUAUCUACUGGAAUCUUCACGCUCGACCUCAAGUCAAAGAAAGCGAGGAAGGUUGGCGAAAGAGAGGGCGACCGGUUUGACCCCAUCUUAUUACCUUACGUGAGGUUCUACACUCCAAGAUCUUCCUAA